GACAAAGGUGGGGAUUGCUGGGAAUGUGGUGGACGUGGUCGAGGAGACAGUCGACAACGCAUCCGCCGCUUUCAAGAAAUUAUUCAAAACACAAGCGCCAUUUUAGUAGUCUUUACGUUACCCUUGACGUGAACUCUGGUAACCGAACCUAUGCGAAAGACGGCGGAUAGGUUACCCACCUUGGCUUAGGGGAUUGCUUUAUUCAGUGUCCUCAGGCGCAAUGAGCCAUCGAAUAACGCAUAUCGUACAUUUCACACAAAGGAACAGGAACCGUGGCGAAUGCGGACCCGUGCUCAGCACUCCUCGCCCAUCAUUCAUCUGCAGAUGCUGGAGCAUGUAUCCAUAAAAGUACAAGGACGUAGUUGGUGCGCAUGCAUUACCUACAGUAUUUAUCACAUGUUUAUUCAACUCGCAAAUGCGAGCAUACGGGGACGCAAUAGCCAUGGUCUAAACCGGAACUGCAUGCUGGAAAACAGCAAGACAGUAACGCAAUGCGUGUUCGGACACUGUGGGAUACAGUGCCUAAAGUCAGGACGUCGUAGUCCACGGACGUGUGAUGCAAACCACCCCGCUGCCCUUGAAAUUGCAAGAUGUCAAUAAACCGAGGGGUACGUUCCGAUAGUUGUACACAGAGCGGUGAGAACGAAGCGACGGAGAUACGGUGCAGCAGAACACUGGGAAUUGGUCGUUGGGAUCGUGAGAUAGUCGUUUGCACGGUCCCCCUAGCUGGAGAAACAUGGCUCCUUUUCAAAAAGGAGCCCAAGAACAUUAUGAGGGGUGCGAAAAGCCUUCUGGAGGUUGCGACUUAUGCCAUGUCACCUAUCGACAAGGUGUCGUCAGAAAGCUUGGAUGUAUACCUAUUAGAGCAUCACAGACCAGUCAAAAUGUCUUUAACCCAAACAACAGCCCAUACAUUAUAUGAUCACGACUGCCGAGGGGUGCCAUCUAAUGCGAGUUACAACCGGGAUGGAUUCGUCGAUUUCUUGCAAGGUGCGACUGGUCACCUGACGAAACACUUGACAGCGAUUUUCCUGUGGUGAGUUAUACAGAUGGGAGAAGUGUACGCCAGGUGAUUUUUCUCAUGGUUUUAGGGUCAGUAACAUCGAGUUGUGGCCAUUUUUGAAAAGGUAUCAUUUUGCCAAGUCACGUUGAGGGUUUGGCGGUAAGCUCGGUGGUAUCAGGACUAGGAAAGUCAGGGCCCAUGUUGACCGUGAUACGCUACUGAAAUGCGUCGGUCAGCCUGUUUCACUGUGAGGUUUGCGGUC